AUGGAUAUAACUGAUAUAUUAAAAAAUGAAAUAGCAAAAAAAAGGGUGCAGAAAGUACAGCAAGCAAUAAACACUGACAAGGAUGUCCCGUCCAAUACCAUACAGAAUAACGAUGAUCAACAGAGCAAAAAAAAAAAAAAAAUUGUUUUAUUAUCAAAUCCAAAUAACAGGAAAAAUACCAUUUCUAAAAUUACCGGUACAGAUGAUAAUAAAAAAAAGAGAAAGAAUAAAAUUAUAAAAAUGAUCAAAGAUACAGAACAACUGGCAAAUGAUACGUCUUAUGUUUUUACCGAAAGUGAUUUUCAAAACUUGGAAUGUUUGUGUUCCAAAAGCUUGCAAUACAUUCAUUAUCUUUUAAACCUUCAGGAACAAUGUUACAGCAAAACCAAUAACACUGCUGAUGACAAAAUUGCUGAUUCUGACAAUGACAACAUAUGUAAGGAAACCAGAAUAAACUUAUUUCCAUUGUUAAUAAAAUUAAGAAAAAAAACGCUGGAUAGGAAUACUUUAGUUACAUUAUCUACAACGUUAUAUUAUUUACAACUUGCAGAUUAUAAGAGUUGCUUGGAAAGUUAUAUGAAGUUAAGCAUCGGUAAUGUUGCUUGGCCAAUUGGUGUUGCAAGUAUCGGUAUUCACCAAAGAAGUAAUCAUUCCAGAAUAUCCAACAAUUUCAAUGCCAGUAGUAAUAUUAUGAUAGACGAAGAAACAAGACUAUGGAUAACCAAUAUUAAAAGGUUGAUAACAUUAUUGCAGGAGUCGGAAAAGAGUGUUUAA